AUGCCCGGGAAGGAAUACCAUCCAGAUGUCGAAGAAACGAGGACCGUUGGGAGCCGUAACCUGCUGAGAGUUGGGGUCAUUCUGCAGCGGGCGAUUCUCAUUUUGCUCCUGGCGUGUUUCCCCUGCUGGGCAAUCCUCAUUAACACAGAGCCCAUUCUGUUGGCUGUCAGACAGGAUCCAGAGGUGGCCAGGUUGGCUCAGAUGUAUGUGAAGAUUUUUAUGCCAGCACUUCCUGCUACUUUCAUGUAUUCAUUGGAAACAAGAUAUCUGCAAAACCAGGGCAUCAUAUGGCCACAGGUAUUUACGGGUUUUGUGGUCAAUCUUCUUAACGCUCUCAUCAACUACAUUGUUCUCUAUGCAUUGAAUCUGGGAGUAGC